AUGAAAGAUUUUUGCGUCGAAAUAAUGAAGCGGCUCAAUGUUCAACGAAAGAACGAGCAGUUCUCUGAUGUGGUUCUUGAAGUUGGCUCUGGGGAUGAUCUGGCUUGCCUGAAAGCGCACAGAAUCGUUUUAUGUGCAGCAAGUCCAUUCUUCUACAAUGCUCUUAACAGCAACAUGAAAGAAAAGAAUGAGGGAGUUAUCAGAUUAGAAAACACGAGCAAAGCUGCGAUGGAAGAAUUGUUAGAAUAUCUUUACACGGGACAUGUUGGCCUCACGCAAAGCAAGGCAUUCGACCUUCUAGAAGUAGCCGACUUUUUUGUCAUUCCAAGUCUGAAAGAGAUUACAAGCAAGUUCAUCGCACAAACAUUGUCUUCUUCCAACUGUCUAAUGGCAUACUAUUUUGCUGUUAAGUAUCAGUGCACUGAUCUGCAUUGGAAAGCGAGGGAUUUUAUCUGUAGGAACUUCAUGACAGUAGUUGAGCAGGAAGAUUUUCUGAAUUUAAGCAUAAAAGAGGUGGAAGAGUGGAUUUCAAGUAAUGAUAUCAAAGUAAGAGGAGAGGAGGACGUUUUCCAGGUUAUUGUUAAAUGGUGGGAAGCGAAAGAGUACCACGAACGCGAAGGAUUCUUUGAAUUCUUCCGUCAUGUUCGGUUUACGUGUCACGCAACUAUGUUUUCAAUGAAAUUUUGCCACAUUCUUUGGUGGCCGACAAUAAAACAUGCUCGUCAUUUGUAUUAGAAGCAAUGAAAGAUGUUUCAUCUGGCUCUGAAGAGUGUUUUUUUGCCCAGCCACCAAGAAACUGCCUGAAGACAUCAGAAAAUUGCCUUGUUGUCACUGGAAGAAAUGCAACAAUUUGUUAUGUUUACUCUGAAAACUCGUGGUAUGAGCUGUCAGACCAAUCCGUGAGCAGACAUACCAUGUGUGCUUCUCAUGGUAAACUGUAUAUUAACCAUCCUGCUGAUUGUAAAAUUAAAAGGUAUGACCCAGCAUUGAACUCUUGGGGGACUGUGAUUUCAUAUAGCGGUGGUCAACGGGGUGCAUCUUUAGCUAAUUUCCAAGGGUUUUUGUAUUUGAUUGGUGGAGCAGUAGGAAAUGAGCAUGCAAAGUGUGUGCAUAGGUACAAUCCUGACACAAACCUAUGGCAAAAGGUAGCACCCAUGAGCAUUUCCAGAUCUGGACCGUGUGCUGUAGCUGACAAGAAAAGCCUGUAUGCAAUUGGAGGUCGGACAAAGGAUCAGUUAGUGGAUGUGGUAGAAAGAUUUGACCCCAAAACAAACAUGUGGUGUAAAGCUGCCUCAAUUUGUGAAAAGAAAACCUGCCCUCAGGGAGUUAUGUUAAGGGGUAAAGUCUUUUUAUUUGGAGGCUUGACGAGCCUUACUUCAUCAGAUGUAUUUUCAAGCAUCAUUGAAAUGUAUGACCCAAUUUCAAACAUCUGGACAGCCAUUCAGAGCACAUCUGCUCCAAAGUGCUGUUUUAAUGCCACAGGUUUCAAAGGAACUGUUUUUGUUAGCGGUAUUUGGGACCAAGAAAGUUCAGAGAAGUAUUUCUUGAGGGUUUAUGAUGUUGACAAGAAUGAGUGGAAGCCUUGUGCAAAGUUU